AUGUCUCUCACCCGCGCCGUCGCGUCGGGCAGUGCGCGGAAUGCGCUCCGCGCUCUCCCAGCAGCGUCGUCGUCCUCUGCACGAACACUCACAACGUCGGCCCGGAGACUCGAGGAGAAGAAGCCCGCGAAGAAGGAGAAGCGCAAGUCGAACCGCAUCUACGACAAGGGCACGUUCAACUUUAACACGUCGCUGAACUUUGUGGCGGACAGGGAUCCGGACUCGGGCAACUACAGGACCGUGACGGCCGCCGAGGUCGCGCACUACCGCGAGCCGCCGACGCGAGUCAAGAUGCUCGUGCGAGACUUCAUCGAUGAUUCUCUGUACAACCCGCAAUACGGCUACUUCUCGAAGAACGUCAAGAUCUUCACGCCGCCGACAGCGGACGGCUUCCCCUUCCCCGAGUUCCGGAACGAGGCCGCGUUCCAGGAAGCCGUGGCACAGCGCUACAUCGACGCGUACGGGGAGGACACGGACAGCGUCGGGCGGCAGGUGUGGCACACGCCGACAGAGCUGUUCAAGCCGUACUAUGCGCGCGCGCUCGCAUCAGCAAUCGUGCAGAGCUACAAGAAGACGGACUGGCCGCACAACGACCUGGUGAUCUACGAGGUCGGUGCGGGCAACGGCUCCUUCAUGCUCGACUGCCUGCGCUGGAUCAGGGCCGAGCAUCCCGAGAUCUUCCGCCGAACGCAGUACCGCAUCAUUGAGAUCUCGGCGAUGCUGAGCAAGCAGCAGCGGGCGCGCGCCGAGGCGGCCGGGCUCGGGGAUCACGUCGAGGUGAUCAACAAGGACUUCUUCGAGUGGACGGUGAACAGCAGCGACCCCUGCUUUGUCGUCGCGCUCGAGGUGUUUGACAAUCUCGCCCACGACAUGAUCCGGUACGACAUGGCGACGCUCGAGCCGAUGCAGGCGUUCGUCGCCAUCGACGCGCACGGCGACUACUCGCUCCUGUACGAGCCGCUGAACGACCCGCUCCUCCGCCGCGUGCUCGCGUAUAGGCGGCUGCUCCCGCCGAGUGCGGCCACGCAGCCGCCCCUGGCCAAGCCGCUCCUGGCCAGCGGCACGCUGCGCAGCGUCUACGCCAACAUGCCCUUUGCGCCGAAUCUCUCCCCGACGCCCGACUUUAUCCCGACCAAGGCCGUCGCCUUCCUGGAGCGCCUGAGGGAUCAGCUGCCAGCGCACCGCCUGCUCGUGGCAGACUUCUCGAGCCUCCCCGACGCGGUGCCCGGACGCAACGGCCCCGUCGUCCAGACACGGUACAAGGACAGCAUGGUGCCGUGCGAGACCUUCCUCGUGCAGCAGGGCUACUUUGACAUCUUCUUCCCGACCGACUUUGACCUGCUCCGCGACACUUACUCGCUCAUCAUGAACUCGCCCGCGAGGGGGGGCCAGCCCCGGCCAAAGGGCAAGAAGGCGGCGCAGGCGCUCGGAGACGACUUCUUCACCUCGCGAGGUGUCCAGGGAUUCCGCCGCCGCAAAGUUAAUGUCUACUCCCAGGCUGACUUUGUGCGCGAGUUCGGAGGCGAGAAGGUCCUCGGCCCGACGAGGAUGCGCGACGGCCUCAGCCCCAUGCUGACCAUGUACGAGAACGCCAAGAUCAUGUUUUGA